AUUGAUUCCAAUGAUGCCAUCCUUUAUUGUUUCGUAUACUUUGUUUCAGUCGAGCUUCACCCAUACCUGCCACAGCCAAAACUGAUUGAUUGUUGCAAAGAAUACGGGAUCGUCUGCGCUGCGUACUCGCCUAUCGGAGCUCCAAACAGGCCAGAAUUUUUCAAAGAAAAUUCGCACCCGAUUCUCCUUGAAGACGACGUUGUGACGUCAAUUGCUGAGAAGCACAAAGCAACUCCUGCUCAGGUUGCACUUGCUUGGGGAAUCCAGCGUGGAACGCCAGUUCUUCCCAAAUCUGUCACACCAUCACGAAUCGUAGAAAACCUGCAGGCAGGAGAGCUACACCUAGAUGCUGAUGAUAUGUCGAGAAUCAGUGACGUAAAGCCAAGAGCAAGACUUGUGGACCAGCGUUGGGGAGUUCCAAUGAAUUGCACUAUUGAAGAUAUCUGGGAUGGGGAAUAUCUUUGCUGAUGAAAAGGAACGAAACAUAUGAUAACAUAGAAUGAUGACAAUAAAUAAUCAUGAAAAUAAAUAUUAUUGAAAUGCAUAUCCAAAGAGUAACAAAGAUUUUUAUGUUAUUGUGUUUUUAAACAUGAAUUUCAAUGAGAAAUUAUAAAGACUACAAAUAUUCGUUUGUUUAACU